CGUUUUGUAACGUUAUUUAACGUUUUGCAACGCUUUUAGAUAUUUCUAUUGUAAUCUGUAAAUAUACUCCGCAACUAGAUUAAAUAGACAAUACUGACGUAGUCAUGACGGAGGAAUGGAAAUUGGAUCAUCGCGGCAGAAAGAGAAUCAGGGAGGUGAAGAAGAAGGCUCGACCAGAGCUUGCGGAUAAAAUAGCUUGGACCCAGCAGGGGUACUAUAAAAUUUUUCAAACGUUUUGGGAAUUUCAAGAUAAUGCUGACCGAAUUAAUGAAUCCGACAUGACUAUGGCAGAAUUUGUAGAAAAAUAUGAAAAACCUUACAAGCCUGUGAUAAUAAGAGGUGUUCAAAAUGGCUGGAGGGCACAGCAUAAAUGGACUAUAGAGAAGUUAGCAAAGAAAUAUCGCAAUCAAAAGUUUAAAUGCGGAGAAGAUAAUGAAGGAUACAGUGUAAAAAUGAAGAUGAAGUACUACAUACGUUAUAUGUUUAAUAACGAAGAUGAUUCUCCUUUGUACAUUUUCGAUAGCUCAUUUGGUGAGCAUCCAAGACGAAAAAAAUUAUUAGAAGAUUAUGUAAUUCCUAAGUACUUCCGAGAUGAUCUUUUUCACUAUGCUGGAGAACAUCGAAGGCCACCGUAUCGUUGGUUUGUCAUGGGACCCGCAAGAUCUGGUACGGGAAUACACAUAGAUCCGUUAGGCACCAGUGCAUGGAACGCAUUAAUUUCUGGUCAUAAACGCUGGUGCCUGUUUCCUACGCAUACGCCUCGCGAACUCCUAAAGGUAACCGCAGCCGAAGGCGGUAAACAGAGAGAUGAAGCUAUCACAUGGUUUUCCAUUGUCUAUCCUCGCACAAAAUUACCUACAUGGCCAAAAGAUUGUCGCCCGAUAGAGAUCUUGCAGACUCCGGGCGAGACUGUUUUUAUCCCUGGCGGUUGGUGGCACAUUGUUUUAAAUCUUGAUGAAACCAUAGCGGUCACACAGAAUUUCUGUUCGCGCACUAAUUUUCCGGUAGUUUGGCACAAAACGGUACGUGGAAGACCAAAGCUGUCGCGAAAGUGGUUAAAAGUGCUGAACGAAAAAGAGCCCGAAUUGGCGUCGUUGGCGGAGACAAUAGACGUGAAAGAAGAUACCGGUGUCGCCAGCGAUUCUUCGAGCGGCUCUUCGAGUAGUUCUUCGAGCACUACCAGUAGUAGUCAAUCCGAGGAAAGCGAAGAUGACAGCGGUCAAGAAUCACUUACCGCGCAUAAAAAGAAAAAGAGACGAAAAUUGACUAACAGCCAACCCUGACAAUAUCCAGUAUUUGGAACUUACAGAGACCUCAGACUGUACAGUAUUAACCAACAAUUAUUGUUUGUACUAAGAAUAAAUAUUAGAAUUAUUAUGAUUAUUACGACCAUAUCUUUAUGUUCAUAAUAAAAUAAAUAUUAGAUAA